AUGUCUGACGUGGAAGAAGAGGUGGUGGAGGAGUAUGAGGAGUCAGAGGAGGAAGCUGUGGAAGAGGAAGACUGGCAAGAGGACGAAGACGAGCAGGACGAGGCAGCAGAAGAGGAGGCUGAAGAUGGGACUGGGGCUGAGGAUGAGACCAAGGCCGAAGAAGAUGGACUAGAAGAGGAAGCCAGAGAGGCUGAAGAUGGCCCAGUGGAGGAGUCCAAACCCAAGCCCAGGCUGUUCAUGCCCAACUUGGUGCCACCCAAGAUCCCUGAUGGAGAGAGAGUGGAUUUUGAUGACAUCCACCGGAAGCGCAUGGAGAAGGACCUGAAUGAGCUGCAGACGCUGAUCGAGGCUCACUUUGAGAACAGGAAGAAGGAGGAGGAGGAACUGGUUUCUCUCAAAGACAGGAUCGAGAAGCGCCGAGCUGAGCGGGCUGAGCAGCAGCGCAUCCGUAAUGAGCGGGAGAAGGAACGGCAGACCCGCCUGGCUGAGGAGAGGGCCCGGCGAGAGGAGGAGGAGAACAGGAGGAAGGCCGAGGACGAGGCCCGGAAGAAGAAGGCUUUGUCUAACAUGAUGCAUUUUGGAGGCUACAUCCAGAAGCAAGCCCAGACCGAGCGGAAGACUGGGAAGAGGCAGACUGAACGUGAGAAAAAGAAAAAGAUUCUGGCCGAGAGGAGGAAGGUGCUGGCCAUCGACCACCUGAAUGAAGAUCAACUGAGGGAGAAAGCCAAGGAACUGUGGCAGAGCAUCUAUAACCUGGAGGCAGAGAAGUUCGACCUGCAGGAGAAGUUCAAGCAGCAGAAAUAUGAAAUCAAUGUCCUUCGAAACAGGAUCAAUGACAACCAGAAAGUCUCCAAGACCCGCGGGAAGGCCAAGGUCACUGGGCGCUGGAAGUAG